CACCUACACUACGUCUUUAGCAAAGAACCAGCACUUAUAAAAAGCUACAACUGCCAUACACGACCCUACUACGGUUCCUCUUUUGUUAAAGAAAACAGCGAUUUCCUUUUUAUAACACAUUCCAUACUUCAAGGUUUAUUUUAUUUUAUUAUAUAUAACGAUUCAAAAUGGCUGUUACUGGUAGCGACAUUUUUAAGAUCAUCUUUGCUAUUAUUCUCCCUCCCUUGGGUGUCUUCCUUGAACGAGGUUGUGGUGCCGAUAUACUUAUCAACAUUCUUCUCUGCUGUCUUGGUUAUGUUCCUGGUAUCAUUCAUGCUCUCUAUAUCAUUCUAAAGUAUUAAAAUCAUAAGGAGUCCCCAAUCCACAUCCCCAAAAAAAACACAUUAUGCUUUGACAUGUUGAUCCAUCAUUAACCUUGUGUUGACCACAUGUAUAAAUUAGUUCUUUUUUAGCGGUGUAUGCUCGCCUCCCUAAAAAGAAUGUUUUGGUCGAUCUUCUUUUAAGGAAGAAUGCUUACAAUUUGGUUCUUUUCAAAGUUGCUUUUUUAAACGCUUACUUUACUACUUCUUAUUCUUAUAAAAUAAAUUCUCAAUGGUAUUUCGUUACUUAUGACUUUUGCUCCCGUUUUUCUUGUUCCCAUGUUCCAUUUGCUUUACUCUGUCUUGCUACGAGUUGAAUGUUUCAUUGCCCCUCUUUUCUUCGAGUCUGACAAUCCGAGCAAUUUUAAGGGCUUUUUGUCACCUUCAAUAUGUAUGUUUUAAAGCAUAAGCAUGGCUAUUGAUGGUUUACACAGCUUAGAAGAGAGAUCGGGUGAUGAACUUUAUGAUAUGACAAUAAAAAGACACGAAAAAGAAAUGAGUAGAAAAUUUACUGUCAGAUAGCGUAUUCAAAAUUGUCUUCGUAUUCUAAUGUUUCUAAAUUUUCACGCAGAUCCCUACAUACUUAAUUAUUGCCAAAGAUAUUUCAUACCGCC